AUGUCAGAACAACAUUCGCCGGUAAAGGCAUCAAGAUCGCCCAGCGUCAUUGAAACAGCUGAAGACUUUGAAAAUCAGGAUACUUUGCUAAAACACGUUGAUAUAUCAAUAGUGGAGUCUGAAAAACGUGCGAAUGGGACGUUGCACGUUAGAGAUCAUUAUACAGUGUAUUUAAUCGACUUGAAAGUCACAGAUGUGGAUUACAAACUGGUGCAAUCAAAGAUUAGUACUAUAUGGAGAAGAUACACAGAGUUUGAACAGAUACAUGACUACCUACAAGUCACAUAUCCACAUGUUAUCAUACCACCAUUACCUGAGAAACGGGUGCUCUAUGCAUGGAGGAAGUCAGAUACCACAGAUCCAGAGUUUGUUGAACGUCGCCGUGCGGGACUUGAGAACUUUCUGCUGCGUGUCGCAUCGCAUCCGCGAUUAUGCUUCGAUGACCAAUUUAUUAAUUUCCUCCAACAAGAACAUGGCUGGCGGGAAACAAUUACCGAUAGCGGGUAUAUACUACAAGCUGAAAACAAAUUGAAAUCAUUAUCAGUAUCGAUCAGAUUAAGAAAACCGGAUCCUGAGAUUGAGAGUGUAAAAAAUUAUGGGAAGCAAUUAGAAACUAAUUUAGGAAAUUUUCUAUAUACUAGGUCUAAGAUAAUAGAGAAGAAUUACUCUUUAUGCAAAUUACACGCAAACUACGGCAAAUUAUUUAGCGAAUGGAGCGUCAUAGAGAAGGACAUGGGAGAUGGACUACAAAAAGCUGGACAUUAUUUUGAUUCAAUAGCGGACAGUAUAGACUCCGUAGCGGAAGACGAAGAGCAGCUAGCAGAUCAGCUGAAAGAAUAUUUGUUCUAUGCUGGCGCAUUGCAACAACUGUGCACCAACCAUGAGACGUUACAACGGGCUCUUGAAAAUGCACAAGAUACACUCAAUAAUAGGAUAUCUGAACGUAGCCGAGCUGCAGCUGGUAAAUCGGGAUUAAUGUCGCGUCUAUUUGGUACCACAGACCCCGACAUAGUUCGGGACCAAAGUACGCGCGCUUUAGACGCCAAGAUCCUAGCUGACAAAGACAACAUCGAGAAAGCUAAGACUGACCUAGAGGACUUCACUAAGAAGGCGCUAGUAGAGAUAGAACAUUUCCAGAAGCAAAAAGACAAGGAUCUGCACGAAUCACUCGUCAGCUUCAUCACCUUACAAGUAAAAGCAGCGAAAAAGAAUUUACAAGCGUGGAUCCAGAUCAAAGAAUGUCUGCAGAACAUGCCGUAA